AUGGCAGCAUUGUCACAAGCCUCAACAGCCGCCCUAGCCCGCCUCCGCGCCUUCAAACCCCCAUCAUCGCAGUACACCAAACUGCCUCUUUCACGCCGCGCCGCCGUCCUCAUUCUUCUCUUCGCCGACCGUCGCGGCGACCUCCGCGUCAUCCUCACAAUCCGCAGUGCCAAACUGCGCAACUAUACCGGGCAAGCCGCUCUUCCCGGCGGAAAAGCAGAUUUUGAAGCCGAAAGCGCGUGGCAGACUGCCAGACGGGAAGCAGAGGAAGAGAUAGGGUUGCCGAGCAACGACGAGAAUCUGCCCAAGGGCUAUACAGUGGAGAAUCUGACCGAGCUGCCGAUGAAUCUUGCAAUGACAGAGUUGGGGGUGAGGCCUUGUGUUGCGUGGUUAAGGAGCUCGAACGCAACGUCAGAUAUCGCGAAGGAUUUGUUGCCGAAGCUUGAUGCGAGAGAAGUUGCUGCUGUGUUUACAGCACCGUUUGAGCAAUUUUUGAAAGAGAAGGAUGAUGGUGUAGUAGAAGGGGAGUGGUAUAGAGGNGCAUGGCAUAGUUGGUACCAUGAACCUUGGCGCAUGCACAUGUUUCAUGUGCCUGUGAGUCAGAGGACGGUAUUCAGGAGUAUUGAGGUGGAAAAUACUCGCUUGGAUGCAGCGACGGCGCCGUGUUCACCUGCGUCAAAAGCGCCAGUACUAAUCGCCGACCGAGCUGCACAAGCCUAUGGAAAACACGUCCCUGGCUCGAGUAAGACGCAAACAGUGGACAAGAGCUUGGCACGAAAAGAUGCGUUGGACAUGCCUAGGUAUAGGGUUUUUGGCAUGACGGCAAGGAUCUUGGUGGAUGCUGCAAGGGUGGCUUAUGGCAGGGAGCCCGACUUUGAACACAACAGUCACUUUGGGGAUGAGGAUAUGAUUGUUCGAUUAAUGAAGAUNGGGAGACUACAACCGAAGAGGGAGAANGGGGAGAUUUUGACGAGAGAUGUCAUGCAAGCGGCUGCCAAUGUUGAGCUGAGUGGAGAGGAAAAGGGCAAACUGUGA